GAGUCACUGGGAGCGGCUGGCUGGUGGGGACUAACGGGUCAAGCGAGGCUUCUUUGCCUCGCUCUGAGCGGUACCUGGCCUCGGGAUCCCAGGAGGAAUCAGUACCUAUUUCAGGCAGUGCCGGAGGGCAGCGGCUCAGUCCAGCGGCCGGAGGCCUCGUCUCGGAUUGGGACGCUCCUGGGCCCAGGUGUCGUCCUCCCGGAAGGCUCUCCCUGGCCCGGCACGUCUCGAAAGCGCUCUUUGACGGCUCUCCCUCCCUGGCAGUGCGGCCCCCCUUUCCCCACUCCCGCUCCCACCUCUUCCUUCUCCGCCCCCUCCCCCAUCCGCUCCUACCGGCCGAGCUCGCGCACCUGGAAACCCAGCGUUCGCCCGUAACGUAGGCAACAGGUGUCCCUCUCCGCCGGACCCCCUGGCUCUCGGCUCCCGUUCUCACACGUCGGGGCCCGACUGGGAUGUGUCAGCAUGUCUGACGUGACCAAGCAGCUGAAGGAGCUCGUGUGGGGACCCAAGGCCGGCCCGGGGCUCUCCGAACCCAUCUUCGGCCGCUGGACCCAAGGCUUUGUGUUCAGCGAGUCCGAGGGCUCGGCCCUGGAGCAGUUCGAAGGGGGCCCCUGCGCCGUCAUCGCGCCGGUGCAGGCCUUCCUCCUGAAGCAGCUGCUCUUCACCUCGGAGAAGCCCUCCUGGAGGGAGUGCCGCGAGGACGAGCGGAAGGACCUGCUCUGCCACACCCUGAGUGACAUCCUGGAGGCGGCCGGCUUCGACUCCUCGGGCCCCUACUGCCUGGUAGCCUGGCUCCGAGGCAAGGAGGCCCUGGCCCUGGCCAACCGGCCCACAGCUGCGGGCGAGUGCAGCUGCCCUGAGGGCUUCUCCCCGGGCCUGGCGGGCCAGGAGCAGCUGGGCUUCGAGCGCUUCCACUCGCUCAUCCACAAGAUGUCGUUCAAAAGCUUCCCGGAGCUCAAAGACGCCAUCUGGGAGCAGUACUCCAUGUGGGCCAACAAGUUCGGGGUGCUGCUCUUCCUCUACUCCGUCAUCCUGACCAAAGGCAUCGAGAACAUCAAGAACGAGAUCGAGGACUCGGCCGAGCCCCUGAUCGAUCCCGUCUACGGGCAUGGGAGCCAGAGCCUGAUUAACCUGCUGCUGACCGGCCACGCCGUUUCCAACGUGUGGGACGGAGACAAGGAGUGCUCCGGAAUGAAGCUCCUGGGAAUCCACAAGCAAGCCACCGUGGGCUUCCUGACCCUCAUGGAGUCGCUCAGUUACUGCAAGGUGGGCUCUUACCUGAAGUCCCCCAAGUUCCCCAUUUGGAUUGUGGGGAGUGAAACCCACCUUACUGUCUUCUUUGCCAAAGACAUGGCCUUGGUGGCUCCCGAGACGCCUUCUGAGCAAGCCCGCAGGAUUUUCCAGAACUAUGACCCUGAGGAUAACGGAUUCAUUCCCGACUCGCUGCUGGAGGAUGUGAUGAAAGCCCUGGACCUGGUUUCAGAUCCUGAGUAUGUCAACCUCAUGAAAAACAAACUGGACCCUGAAAGGCUGGGAAUCAUCUUGCUGGGGCCCUUCCUUCAAGAGUUCUUUCCAGAACAAGACUCCAGCAUCCCGGAGUCCUUCACCGUGUAUCACUACAAUGGCCUCAAGCAGUCCAACUUCAACGAGAAAGUCAUGUAUGUAGAAGGCACUGCAGUCGUGAUGGGUUUUGAAGACCCGCUGCUCCAGACAGACGACACUCCCGUUAAACGCUGUCUCCAAACCAAGUGGCCAUCCAUAGAAUUGCUCUGGACCACCGAUCGGUCUCCUUCACUCAACUAACUGGCCAGCUGUUUGUGAAGAAGAUAUCCCAUACAGAUGUUGAGAAGAUAUUUAAAGAGAUGCCAUACUUCGAAAGAAACUUAGACACUGGUUUAUUUCAUUGAUAAACUGUAAAUAAUUAAAACCACUCAAUGUCUGAGAUAUAUUUGUUUGACUUGUUUUAAAAUCUCUUCUGCUAAAAUGUGUCAUUUGGGGCAAUCAUAACAUUAACAUAAAAACUCCAUAUGUUCAAUAAAAUACAUCUCUGAACUGUCAAAGAGAACGGUCCACCCCUAACUGGUCAGUGACAAUUGCCCAAUGCUCUACUCUCUGUAAUGACAUGACAAAAUUAAAGGUAUUCAUGAACUCCA